AUGAAGUUUUCACACACAUUAAUCACAACACUUGCUACUAUCAUAUCGACAGCGUUUGCUGCAGAUCAAUCUGACGUUCAGUUUUUAACAGCAUUGGUCGGUGACUACCAGGAGCAUAGAACUGACUAUAUAAAGUUUUUUGGUACUGCUGACGAUGUACCUGGUGUAUUGUCAACAUUGGCUACCCAAGUAUUAACAUACACUGACACUUCCUACACAACGUUAUUGGAUAACAAUAAUUUAAACAUUGGCGAAUUAGAGAGUUACGCCACAAAUAUCCCUUGGUACACGAGGAUAGAAUCGGCUGCCGGUGGUAGUGGCGGAUCAGGAGGAUCAAGCGGGUCAAGCUCUUCUGGUGGAAGUGAUGAAAGUAGUGACAGCACAUCUCAGUCAAAGGGCAGUGCCGCUUCGAGCACCUCAGCAUCUGACAAUUCAGGAAAGGCUUCAGCUGCUUCGACAACAUCAUACGACCCUCAAAAUACUGUUGAUUCAUCUAAAGCUGCCGUUGCUGCAGCAAAAUCUGCUUCUGAAGCAGAAGCAAAAACCCGUUCAGGAUUAGCACCUGGGUUAACUGCCCCAUUUGGUGCCGUGCUUGGAGGAUUAGCCGUUGCAAUGCUAUAA